AUGUGGCUGCAGCACCGUCUCGGACUCGCGGCGGCGGCGACCGUCACCCUGCUCUCUUCCCCUGCAGCGGCCGCCGAGCCUCGCUGCUUCCCUGCUGAUUUCCUCUUCGGGUCGGCCACCGCGUCGUACCAGGUGGAGGGCGCGUGGAACGAGGACGGCCGCACUCCGAGCAUUUGGGACGACUUUUGUCGUGAACAGCCUGGCUUCGAGUGCGCCAACGUCGACGACUUCUACCACCGCUAUGCGGACGACAUCAAGCUCAUGGGGGAGACGGGACUCCAGUCCUUCCGCUUCUUCGUCUCGUGGUCGCGCAUAAUGAACUGGGACCCGGAAGCGCGACGCAUGCGCCCACGCCCCGAUGCAGAAGCUGCGGAGCGCGCGAUGAACUUCAAGUUUGGCUGGUAG